AUGUCGCAACACCCACCAACGAUACAGUCCACCCUUGCACAGGACACGAAUGUGGCCUAUAUCGACACCAUACAAGCAUAUGAUCAAUGGGCCGAUGUCUAUGACACAGACGGCAACUUCCUGCAAGCACUCGACACAAUUGAAAUGCAGUGGAUGCUUCCCGAGCUAUGGGCCCAAAUCAAAGCUCAAACACGACAGAUAGGUCGUCAGGAAUAUAAACUGGUCGAUCUGGGUUGCGGUACGGGCAGGAAUACAUUGCAACUUCUGGAUACCAUUUCUCAGGAUUCAUUGCAAUCAAAUGUUCAGAUCAUUGGCGUCGACGCCUCGAACGGCAUGCUAGAUGUCGCACGCCAGCGAAUUGAUGCAGUCAACCGGCCAGCGGACAUAGAAGUAGAACUAGCACCCUUCGACCUCCUCGCCGAUAUCGAGGCCCCUUCCAACAGACGAACCCUGAAUCUCGUACGAGACGCUGACGGAGUGAUCUCAACCCUCGUCCUUGAACACAUACCCCUAAACAACUUCUUCGGAGCAGCUGCAUCAAUUCUUCGCUCAGGCGCAUAUCUCCUGGUCACAAAUAUGCACGCAGACAUGGGUAAGCGAAGUCAAGCUGGCUUCGUGGACUCUGCUACAGGGAAGAAAGUGCGUCCAUCAAGGAGUUAUGCGCAUGAAGUAGGACAAAUUCUGGCGGAGGCUGAGAGGUGGGGAUUUGAGGUUGUGCAGUUGCCGACUGGAAAGGCUGCUAGGUCGCAUGGUUGUGUUGACGGGGUGAUUGAGAGGGAGGUCACGCCGGAUAUGGUUGAGAGGCUUGGGCCCAGGUCACAGAAGUAUGCUGGUGUAUGUUUUGUUUGGUUAGGAGUGUGUUUCAGAAAGAAAUGA